GAAGUGAGAGAAUUCGAACUUGAUUGUGAUAUAAAAACUGUUCCGUUGAGGUCGUCUUCGCGAGGAUUAUGGCAGAAAAGAAGAAGAUCGCAAUCAUCGGUUCUGGCAACUGGGGUUCUGCGAUCGCCAGGAUUGUUGGUGCGAAUGUGCGUACCAUGAGCAUGAUGGACGAGGAAGUGAAGCUUUGGGUGUUCGAAGAAAUUCUUCCCGAUGGUCGCAAGUUGACCGAGGUCAUCAACACGGAGCAUGAGAACGUCAAGUACCUGAAAGGCUACUCCCUUCCGCAUAAUGUGGUCGCAGUACCUGACAUCCUCGAAAGUGCCAAAGACGCGGAUUAUUUGGUAUUCGUCUUGCCUCAUCAAUUCCUCCGAUCGAGUUGCCAGCCACUGAGGGGAAAACUCAAACAAGGAGCCGUUGGCAUUUCCUUGAUCAAGGGCUUCGACUUGAAACCCGAAGGCGGCAUCCAGCUCAUCAGCGAACUCAUCAACUCCUUGCUGGGCAUCGACGUGUGUUGUCUGAUGGGCGCCAACCUGGCGCACGAAGUCGCCGCCGAGAAAUUCUGUGAGACGACGAUCGGUGUGCACACGGACGAACAGUCGCUCAUUUUCAAGGACCUGUUCCAGACUGAUUUCUUCCGGGUCACGACUGUGCGAGACGCAAAAACUGUCGAAGUCUGCGGUGCUCUGAAGAAUAUUGUAGCUUGCGGAGCGGGUUUCGUGGAUGGUCUGGGAUACGGAGACAACACGAAAGCUGCUGUGAUCCGGUUGGGUCUGAUGGAGAUGAUCAAGUUUGCCGAGUAUUUUUACGCGGGCGCCAAGUUUAGCACUUUCUUCGAGUCCUGUGGAAUUGCCGAUCUGGUGACCACGUGUUACGGAGGCAGAAACCGCAGGGUUUCCGAGGCUGUGGUUAAAAGUGGCAAGAGUAUCAAACAACUUGAAGCUGAGAUGUUGGAUGGUCAAAGACUGCAAGGCCCUGAAACUGCUCAUGAAGUGAACGCUUUGUUGAAAGCUGAAGGGCUCGAAGCCAGGUUUCCCUUGUUCACCGCCAUUCACCGCAUUUGCGUGCAAGAAAUCAGUCCUAGCGAAAUGAUUGAAUGCAUCAGGAUGCAUCCAGAACACUUGGCGUUUGACAGGAGAAGGGUGAGCAUCGAACGAGACGUGGUGAACCAGUACGCGAGUUGUUUGUAGUGAAAUCCAGAAGGAAUAAUGACGACGACGCAACGAUGAGUACUGUAUAGGUGAAAACCUGAGAAGAGGGACAAAAAAUGGUACUGUAUACUCGGAUGCAACAGCCGCUGUGUAUAUGAAAACACCCGACAUUCAGGUUUUCGUUGACGUUACGUAGGUGUCGCUGGCAUUGCACCAAAGUUUAGGAGUAUAGGUUGAUAUGUGUAGGGGGCUUAUAUACAGGAAGUGUAGUUAUGUUACAGCGAUGCCGGCAACAUCUACGAAACAUUCGAAAUAUCAAAAAUAUUUGAAUGGAAGUGAAAAGUCGUGCACUUGUUGAGCAAGAAUGAGUCGCUGAUUUUUUAUUUAAUGUCUGGUCGCGCACAAAUUAAAUUUCGUUUAUAUUAGCCCACGUUUUUUGAUAUUCUAUGUUUUGUUUGGUUCAUGUUUUCCGAAAAGGAAUUUUUGCCUCAUGCAAAAAUCAGUUCAUCGAAUGUCAGUGCAAUUUUUUGGAUGGGUGCUGUCUUUUUUUUUUUUUUUUUACCGGUGUGGGGGUUUUUCAACAGUCCUGUACAUCAUCUUUAAAAUUGUUAUCGUUCGAAGUCGAGAACGCAAGUGUUCAUUUUGUUUCGGUGAUUCAUUGUCGAGCAAUAAUGAUGAUGUCCAAUGUUUUAUGAAGUCCGGAAAAUGAGGGAUUGUUGGGAAUUAUUGAUCGAACCCUCGAUGUUGAUCUGUUCUAACUUCUAUGCAUCACGAAGAAAUUUUAAAAAUGCAUCUUCAUUCAAUAAGAUAGCUUGGCAGUAUUUUCCCCCCAAAAUUUCCUUGAACUUUUUCAUGUUUUCUUCGUCUUGAAGUGCCGAUUUUCCUGCUACAAUGAUUUUUGUCAUUUUUCUUAAAAUUUGUCACUCUGUUCGCGGAAAUUUAUAAACUUUUUGGUUGUAAUAAGUCAAUCAAAAUCUAUCCUUAUCCUCAUCGUAAGGAAAUAUUGUCGUGCACAUGAGUUGAUUUACAAACAAAUCGACAGGAAGGGGAUAAAAGUUUCAAAUCAAGAGCAAUACCUUUAUGAAAUUGAAAAAUUAGAUUUCAUUCAUUUCCAGUCACAUAUUGUAUACUGGCAGCACCCUUGAGGAACCCUUGUUUUGUACAAACCUUUCCUUCGGCAACUCAGGGAGCGGGUUUAAAAAUGUUAUCGCACAAAGAUGACUUCGGCGUUUAUUUGAGCGGAAUAUUCAUCAAUUUCUCUGCUGAUGAGCAGUUUUUUUUUUUUCAUUUUACAGGAAUGAGGGGAAUUUUAUUUUUUAGUCUUGCUGCAAAGUGCAGUUUCCAUCAGAUCCAUGUAGAUGAGAUGCAAAUCUUCGCGGAUCGAAAGAAUGCCAUGAGUUAUCUCUCUCAUAUAGACGUCUCUAGUCAGGGUCGUGUGCUGUUAUUUCGUUUCUUUUUUUUUUCUCGAUUAGAAGGAAAAAAUUCGAGGAGUUGUUUUCGGUGCAAUAUUUGUUCUAGAGGAAGAGCUUCUUUUUAAGAAAAAAGAAGGAAAAAAAAAACUCCUGUUGAAAUCUGUAAGCGGCGGUUGGCAUUGCUGAAGGUGUGUCACUGUAUACUGUACUUACACGUUAUGUUGUCUAAUCCAAGAUGGUGGAAUCCUAGUUUUUUUUAUUGAUUAUAUUGCCUGUGUUAUCGGGAUUUUUGUGGAGUCGAGAAGAUUCUACAGUACGGAUAUUUCCGGGGAAAUGGGUUUUCAGAAUGAGUACAGGAAAGUUGUUGCAGAAUGGAAUAAAGUCUUUCUCCCGUUG